AUGGAACUAUUUGCAACCGAUUACAAAUAUUACAAAGAAGAACAGUUAGAUGUUUUAAACGGUACCACAUUAAGCUCCUUGGGCGAUGAGUUAACAGGGGCAAUUGUUGACACAGAUGCCGUGUCCAUUGAGCCAUACAGACAAGCAUUAGACUCAUACGUGAGGGACAAAUAUAAAGGCUAUCAUGAGCUUAACCGGAUUCGCACGGAUAAGGAAAAGACUUUUAUGAUUACAGUUUCGGAAAAUCUGUGCAAAACAUAUGAGGAAAGGAUAAAUGCGUGGAUACAAUCGACAGAUACUGAGGACAAUCAACAGUUUGUUGACGAGAGUAGUAAAAUACGCACUCGAAUUGUAUCGGAAAACACACUCAUAUAUGGGAAACGGUUGGAUCUUUUUGUCUUCAACGCCUCAUUAAACGCCACCGAACGCGAAAUGCGAGACGUGUUCGCGGAUGUGGUCGACUAACGUGGUCACAUCUCGUUUACCCUGUUCACUACAUUUGUUAACGAUAUAUUGAAACUCGCCUACGAUGUGGUUGUAAAAGCGAACAAUCUAAAUGCAACGACAAUACCUCCCAUUGGUAUAGAUCUCGGCAUGACCAACAGCUGUGUGGCUUAUUAUAAACGGUGUGAUACUAAGAAAGAUGGUAAAGUUGUAGUAUGCCAUGAUAGUAAAAAUAACGUGUUAACGCCCAGUUAUGUCGAGUACAAAGACAACGAAGAGAUAUUGGUAGGCAACAAAGCAAAAGACAACUUAUUGGCCAAUCGCCACAACAUAAUCUAUUCGGUAAAACGGUUGAUUGGCAUACCGUUUAACGACCCGGAAAUUACUUCAUAUAUAAAACACUCGCCUGUUAACAUUGUAGAUAUUAAUGGCUCUGCUGGUGUGGAAGUGGAAGUGGACGGUGAGUCGCGGCAACUUUUGCCCGAAGAAGUGUUGACACAAGUCAUAUGCAAAUUAAAAGCAAUGGCCGAAGAGGACAUAGGGCAUCCUGUGCUAAAUGCCGUUAUAACCGUACCUGCGUACUUUACUGAUGCUCAACUCGAAGCUACUACUAAUGCUGGUAUUAUGGCAGGUCUUAAGAUACUAACAUUAAUCAAUGAGCCUACUGCCGCCGCUUUGUUCCAUAAGCUGGAUCGGUUUGACGACACAAGCAGCAGGAUUGUUUUAAUAUACCAUUUUGGAGGCUGUACUUUGGAAGUGACUGUUUUGAACUUGUCUAUUGGUGAAAUAAAUGUGAUAGCAGUGGGCGGCGAUAACCAACUAGGCGGACACGAUAUAUGCAAUAAUAUAAUUGAUUACUGUUUGCGCGAGUUUUACGCCCAGACUAGGAUUAUGGUUGACCGGAACACCGUUGAGGGCGAUCGGGCUUAUCGAGGGCUCAAAGACCAAUGCGAGAAACAAAAAUGUCGCCUUUCAGAGGCGCUGAAGGCCACCAUCGCUGUAGACAAUUUCGCCGACGGUCACGACAUGAAGGUGGAGUUGACACGAGCCAAGUUGGAAGAAUUAAACAAAGAGCUUUUUGCCCGCACAAUGGAUUGCGUGACCCGUACUCUGGCCGGUGUUAAAAACGGUAUUGGUAUGAAACCCGACGAGAUUGAUCAUAUAGUACUGGUCGGCGUCUCGACUUAUAUUCCUUACGUCAAGAAUAUGAUCAAAAAAUAUUUCAAUGGCCGCCAACCGUUACAGUCAUUAAAUCCGAUGCUUGUCGUGGCUGAAGGCGCGGCAAUAAAGGCGGCCAAUCUGAACGGCACUCAAGCUUACUUACAGGAUAACUCCCGGGUAGACGGCAUUCCUAGUACCAAAGAGUACCAAACAGCAUGUGACAAUCAAACCGAGAUCGAGGUAAAAGUUUAUGAAGGCGAGGACCCGGUGGCCACUAAUAACACACUAUUGGGUCGGUUUGUUGUGAUGAAUAUACCGCCCGAUAAGGCCGGCAAACAACCCGUGUCGAUUGAGUUUUGCGUAAGCGGUAAUGGUAUUUUGAAAGUAAAGACCACUGUGCUAUCCCAGGGCACUUUACCCGAGGAAAACGUGGGCCGUUUGUUUACUAAAGAAUUGCUUAUAAUUAAGAAAUUUUUAUAA